UAUAGUACAGUACACUAUUUCUUGACUCGUUCCACAAAAGAAAAAAGACAAUGCUGCUUGACUCUGGUUGAUGUAUUGACCCUUUGCAUAUAAGUAUUUGCAAGAUCUCAUUGAUUGCAAGAAAUCAAGUAUCUCUCCUUAUUUGAUUGCAUCAGACAACAGUGACUGAAAAUUUCCCCAUGGUGUUCACAUUUCCAAGGCUUCUAUCCAUGAAUCUCCAACCCUUUUGGGUGCUUCUUGCAAUGUGCUUUUGUGCACUUGCAACCAUUUCCUUUGCUUCUUCAGCAGCAUCACAGAGCCAAGAAGCAAAUGCUUUGUUGAAGUGGAAAGCCACCCUUGACAACCAAAGCCAAGCUUUUCUCUCAUCAUGGACUGGCAAUAAUCCUUGCAAUUGGGUGGGAAUUGCAUGUGAUGGGUCCAAUUCUGUUUCCAACAUAAGCCUUGCACAUGUUGGAUUAAGAGGUACGCUUCAAAGUCUCAAUUUCUCAUUACUUCCAAACAUCCACAAUCUAAAUAUGAGUUACAAUACCUUGAAAGGAAAACUUCCUCCUCAAAUUGGGGACUUGUCCAAUCUCAACACUCUUGAUUUGUCCACUAAUAAACUCUCUGGCAACAUUCCCAACACCUUUACUAAUCUCUCCAAACUAAUGUUUCUGAACCUUAGUUUCAAUGGUAUUUCCGGUCCUAUUCCUAAGGAUGUGGGAAAACUGCGUUCUCUUGUCACAUUUGAUAUAUUUACCAACAACCUCACUGGACCAAUCCCAGAUUCCAUAUGCACCUUGCCCAAUUUGGAGUCUAUUCACCUCUUUGAAAAUCAACUCUCUGGGUCCAUUCCUUUCAAUAUUGGAAACUUGUCAAAGCUCACUAUGUUAUCUUUGUCCACAAAUAAACUCACUGGAAAAAUCCCUCCCUCUGUUGGAAAUUUAACAAAUGCCAAGGUGAUAUGUUUUAUUGGAAAUGAUCUUAGUGGCGAGAUUCCAAAAGAAUUGGACAAGCUUACUUCUUUGGAGUGUUUGCAGCUAGCUGAUAACAAUUUUGAAGGCCAACUACCCCAGAACAUUUGCACAGGUGGAAAAAUGAAAUUCUUCACUGCUGGUAACAACAAUUUCACAGGCCCAAUUCCAAAGAGUUUGAAGAAUUGCUAUAGCCUUAAAAGACUCAGGCUUCAGCAGAACCAUCUAACUGGAGAUAUAACAGAUUUCUUUGAUGUUCUUCCAAACUUGAACUAUGCUGAUUUGAGUGAAAAUAAUUUUCAUGGUCAACUUUCACCUAAGUGGGGAAAGUUUCUUAGCCUCACAAGCUUCAUGAUCUCCAACAAUAAGUUAUCAGGUGUUAUCCCACCAGAACUAAGUGGGGCGACCAACUUACAAGUACUACACCUUUCCUCAAACAAUCUUACAGGAAACAUUCCACGAGAUUUAGGUAAAUUGGUCUCCUUGUUUGAUCUCUCAAUCAACAAGAAUAAUCUCACUGGAAAUGUUCCCAUAGAAAUAGCAUCAUUGCAGGAACUUAAAUAUUUGGAGCUUGGGUCAAAUGAUUUGACUGGCUUGAUCCCAGCACAACUUGGAGAUUUGUCCAAUUUAUUGAUCAUGGAUCUGAGCCAGAAUAAAUUUGAGGGGCAUAUUCCUUUUGAGCUAAGUCAAUUGCAAUAUCUUACAAGUCUUGAUCUCAGUGGCAAUCUUUUGAGUGGAACAAUACCACCAGUUCUUGGAGGAAUGAAAGGCUUAGAAACAUUGAAUCUCUCGCACAAUAGUCUUUCAGGUCGUCUCUCUAGUUUUGAUGGUAUGAUAAGUUUGACAUCUGUUAAUAUAUCAUACAACCAACUUGAGGGUCCCCUUCCAAACAUUCCAGCCUUUCAAAAUGUUACCAUUGAAGCAUUGAGAAAUAAUAAAGGCUUGUGCGGCAAUGUCACUGGCUUGGAGCCUUGCUCAAGUGGAAAAUCUCCUAAUCAUAAUAUGACAAAGAAAGUCAUAACAAUAGUUUUACCACUUACUGUGGUCACACUCAUAUUGGCAUUUUUUGCUUUAGGAGUCGUAUAUGGUUUAUGCAAAACUUCAAAGGAAAAACAAGUCCAACCUAGACAUUCACAAACUCCAAACAUAUUUGCAAUAUGGAGUUUUGGUGGCAAAAUGGUAUUUGAGAAUAUUAUUGAAGCCACCGAACAUUUUGAUAGCAAAUAUCUCAUUGGGGUUGGAGGGCAAGGAUGUGUUUACAAAGCAACGUUGCCUACAGGUCAAGUUGUUGCCGUGAAGAAACUCCAUUCUUUUCCAAAUGGGGAAAUGCUCAAUUUGAAAGCUUUCACAAGUGAGAUCCAAGCUUUGACAGAAAUUAGACAUCGUAAUAUCAUGAAGUUAUAUGGAUUUUGUUCACACUCACAAAUCUCAUUUUUAGUGUGUGAAUUAUUGGAGAAGGGCGAUGUCAAGAAGAUUUUGAAGGAUGAUGAACAAGCAAUUGCAUUUGAUUGGACUAAAAGGGUGAAUGUUGUUAAAGAUGUUGCAAGUGCUUUAUGCUAUAUGCAUCACGAUUGCACACCUCCAAUUGUUCAUCGUGAUAUAUCAAGCAAGAAUGUUCUUUUGGAUUCAGACUAUGUAGCUCAUGUCUCAGACUUUGGAACAGCCAAGUUUCUUAAUCCUAAUUCAUCCAACUGGACCUCAUUUGUCGGGACCUUCGGAUAUGCUCCUCCAGAACUUGCAUACACAAUGGAGGUGAAUGAAAAAUGUGAUGUGUAUAGUUUUGGAGUGCUAGCAUGGGAGAUACUUUAUGGAAGGCACCCUGGUGAUGAUAUAUCUAAUUUUGUAUCAUCUUCGAUGGGUGGCAUGGCCUCAACACUUGAUCACAUGACAUUGAUGGAUAAGUUGGACGAGCGUCUCCCUCAUCCAACAAGCCCUAUUGUUAAAGAAGUGAUAUCAAUUGCAAAGGUAGCAAUUUCUUGCUUGGCUGAAAACCCGCGAUCUCGUCCUAGCAUGGAGCAAGUUACCAAAGAGCUUGCAAUGGCGAACUCAUCUUCAAUGCCACGUAAACACCCUGAGUUGAAGGACUAAAUUAAAUACUAAACAUAUAUGUUCGAGUUCUACUUGUUUUAUAUUUUAUCAUAUUUUAUAAUAAUGUUUUUUGUGCUUUCAUAUGUAGAUAUAGAACUUGAGAGUUCUAAGCUUUGGUUGUUCUCCUAUGCUGUUUAAAUUAAGAAAGGAAAUAAAGAUAACGUUUGCAUGGUGUUA